AUGCCGAGCCUCCCGGCCCCGCCGGCCCCGCUGCUGCUCCUCGGGCUGCUUCUGCUCGGCUGCCGGCCGGCCCACGGCGCCGGCCCCGAGCCGCCCGCGCUGCCCAUCCGGUCCGAGAAGGAGCCGCUGCCCAUUCGGGGAGCGGCAGGCUGCUCCUUCGGCGGGAAGGUCUAUGCCUUGGACGAGACGUGGCACCCGGACCUGGGGGAGCCCUUCGGGGUGAUGCGCUGCGUGCUGUGCGCCUGUGAGGCGCCUCAGUGGGGUCGCCGCUCAAGGGGCCCGGGCAGGGUCAGCUGCAAGAACAUCAAACCUGAGUGCCCAACCCUGGCCUGCGUGCAGCCGCGGCAGUUGCCGGGACACUGCUGCCAGACCUGUCCCCAGGAGCGCAGCGGUCCGGAGAGGCAGCCUACAGGCCUGGCCUUUGAGUAUCCGCGGGAUCCAGAGCACCGCAGCUACAGCGACCGCGGGGAACCAGGCUCUGAAGAUCGGACGCGCGGAGACGGCCACACCGACUUCGUGGCGCUGCUGACGGGGCCGAGGUCGCAGGCCGUGGCACGGGCCCGAGUGUCUCUGCUGCGCUCUAGCUUGCGUUUCUCCAUCUCCUACAGGCAGCUGGACCGCCCUACUCGAAUCCGCUUCUCAGACUCCACUGGCAGCGUCCUGUUUGAACACCCUGCGGCCCCCAGUCAAGAUGGCCUGGUGAGAUGAUGCCAUUUAUGAGUGCUUCUCCAGUCUGGGCGCUAUGCUGAGGGCGUGCUCUGCAAUGCCUCCUUUGGUCCUCAUAACAGCCCAGUGAGAGGAAAGCACUGACAUUAUGAUGCCCAUUUUACAGAUGAGGGAACUGAGGCUUAGUAGCAGAAUGUGAUUUGCUCAAGGUCACACAGCUAGUAAGUGGUUGAGCCAGGAUUUGGACCCCAGCCUCUGGCUCCAGGGCCCCUUCUUCAGCUUCCUAGGAGGGCUUGGGGGCUCCUUUGUACUCCUUCCUCACCAGAGCUAGGCCUCUCAGCUGGCCUGUCUUACAUACUGUCUGAGUAGGACCUUCUUGUCUCUCU